CGUUGAAUCACGGAUUUAACGUCGACCAAUCGAAGAGCUGUUUACAUAAACCAAUACCGAUGUAAGAUUCAGUCGUACUUCUCGGGUUGGAGUAGACGACACAUAAGUUGAGAAAUUACGUGGGAAAGGUUGUACUUAGAGGAUCGACGCACGUUCAUCAAAAUGAGCGAAGAGACUGCGGAGUUCCGCCUACCGAUCAUUGACCUUGACAAGGCCAAGGUCGACAAGCAGGCGGUGGCAGCUCAGGUGGUCGACGCACUGGAAAACAUAGGCUUCCUAUACGUCGACAACAUCCACGGUAUCGAUUUUGACAAGUUGAUGGAGUGUUGCACGUGGUUCUUCGGUCAGACAAAGGAGGCGAGAGAGUCGCUGAUGAGAAAGCAUUGGAAACCGGAAAACAAGAACGUCUAUCGCGGAUAUUUCCCUGUGGUCGAAGGCGAGCCUAGUCGCAAGGAGGGGUUCGAGUUUGGGCGAGACAUUGACCCUAAUGACCCGACUGUCCAGCCAGGAAACUGGUUUUAUGAGCCGUCUGUUUGGCCAAAAGAGGAUGGGUCAUUUCCGUUCAAGGAGAUUUUGCUGAACUGUUACGAGAUCUUACACAACGCCAGUCUGGAUGUUUUGCGACUAGCAGCAGUCGGUCUGGGGAUCGACGAGCACUCAUUCGAUCCCAUAUUCGCUGACCGACCAGUCACAACUUUCCGUAUUAUGCAUUACCCUCCCUGGAACGGCGUUCCGCCGGAAAACGCAAAGAUUGAAGACGGUAAGAUCGUAACCACACCGGACCACACUGACUCCAACUUCCUUACAAUGUUGUACACGUUCCACUAUACGGGGCUGGAGGUGUUAACGGCGGAUGGGAAGUGGAGUGCUCCGGAACCGCGACCCGGUAGCUUCGUCAUGAACAUUGGGGACGUCUUCUCCCGCAUGAUGGGCGGGAGGUUCAAGGCCACUCGCCAUCGCGUUAUAGACAUUGGAGUCGACCGGUACUCCGUGCCUUUCUUUUUUGAGCCGUCGUAUGACGGCGACAUUGGGGUGAAUUUCAUGACACUGGCCACGGGCCAAGGGCCGGAACAUAAAGUGGAAAAAUACGGACCAUGGAUGAUUCAGCAAGUGAAAUAUAUCAAAAAGUACUUUGAAUACAAAGUGUUACCAGAGUUUUGAGAUGUUGCUUGGCGAUACAUGCUGCAACUUUCGUGUUCAAUUACUAAAUUUCAAUAUGUUACUUUUAAUAAAGAGCAAUGCAAUACCAUCAAAGAAUAUACAUCUUCCAAAUGUGUACUCUAUGAAUACAUUUUAGUGUUUAGUGAUGUUGCAUACAUUCUAACAUACAUUCACUUAUAAAGAAAUGUAAGACAUUUUAAUAUGUAUAUAAUCAUUUUUGUCAUAUCAUUUUAUUAAAUAAAUGAUUGUAAAAGAAAAUGCAUUAAACAUUAUACUUCUACAAAUUGUAUCAACAAUUAACAUUUUUUGUAAUAGUUGUGUUAGUUGUAUUACAUAUGACAAUAACGAUGGUUUAAAAUGAAAUACAAAGUGCAAAUUACAUUUUAAAAUUAUAUUUACCGCCAAUAAACGAAAGUGUGUAUUGAGAAAUAUCGCAAACUGUAUAUGUACAUUUCAGCGAGAUAAAUCACAAGUUACGACCAACGUAUUCAUGUACACGUGCUAUAUCUUAUUAAACGCUGGUUUACUUAACUUGUUAGACUUUACUAUAUCAACAAUACUGAAGUGGCUGGCUCAUGUAUUUUACAGGCUGAUUAUUUACUGAUAUAUUUUGUGUUACUGAACAAUUAAAACGAAUGCAAAGCAUUACCAAGUGCCUCUGUAAUUAUGGCAUUGUAAGUAUUACCACGUUGACUGCGGCUGCAACUACUUCUAGUAUUAAUACUGCAACAGCAGGUGUUAUUACUAUUUUUCCAGCGCCCUCGAAAUAUAAACCUGACCUAUAUUUGUAUUCAACCAUAUUACAUCAGUAUAAAUUAUGGUGAAUAAUAAACUAUAUAAAAAUA